AUGUACAGAGCUCUGGGUAGAAAUCGCCUUAUCUACCGGGCUCACAUAGCUUAUUACGUCCGAACUGGUCUAUUAGAUCAAGCAAUCAAAGUGUUCGACGAAAUGACCCAAUCGGAAUGCAGAGUUUUCAGCGUUGAUUACAACAGGUUCAUUGGUGUGUUGAUUGCCAAUUGUCGUUUUGACUUGGCCGAACAGUAUUAUCGUGACAUGCAGCCAAGAGGGUUCUCUUUGAGCUCGUUCACUUAUUCCAGGUUCAUUUCUGGGUUGUGCCAAGUUAAGAACUUUGAACUUAUUGAUAGGCUUUUGGUUGACAUGGAUAGACUCGAGGUUGUCCCGGAUAUUUGGGCUUGUAAUAUAUACUUGAAUCUUUUAUGUAGCGAGAAAUAUGUGGAUUUUGCCUUGGAGAUUUUGAGAGUAAUGGGGGAGAAAGGGAGGGAACCCGAUGUGGUAAGUUAUACUACAGUUAUUAAUGGGUUGCUCCGUGUUGGCCGGAUUGAUGAAGCGGUUGAACUCUGGCGUGUGAUGGUUAGGAAAGUUAGUGACUUGGACAAUAAGGCUUGCAGGGCUCUUGUUUUAGGAUUAAUUGAAAAUGGGAAAGUUGAUUUGGCUUAUGAGCUUAUAUUGGGAGAAAUGAAGGAUAAAGUUAAACUUUCUACCGAAAUUUACAAUGCACUUAUUCAUGGGUACUGCAAAGCUGGAAGGAUUGACAAGGCGCAGGCGAUUAAGAGGUUUAUGAGGAAAAAUGGAUGUGAACCAGAUCUAGUUACGUACAACGUGUUACUGAAUUUUUGUUGCGAUGAACUUAUGUUAGACGAAGCUGAGCAGCUAAUGGCAAAUAUGGAGAAAGGUGGAUUGGAACUGGAUAGUUAUAGCUAUAAUGAGCUGAUUAAAGGUCUUUGCAGGGCUAAUAGAGUUGAUAAGGCUUAUAUGUUGAUGGUGAAUAAGAUGGAAAUUAAAGGUUUAAUUGAUGUUGUGACCUUUAACACAAUAAUUGGGUCGUUGUGCAUGGCCGGCCACAUUAAGAGGGCAUACAGUCUAUUUAGCGAGAUGGCACUCAAGGGGAUAUCCCCUGAUGUUGUUACUUUUACAAUUCUUAUUGAGGCUUUUCUUAAAGAAGGCCAUUCCAGCUUAGCUAAAAGACUUCUUGACCAGAUGACUGAGAUGGGUUUGUAUCCUGAUCAUGUAUUGUAUACUGUAAUCAUUGACCAUCUGUGUAAGAGUGGCAGAGUAGGGAUCGCCCGUGGUAUGUUCUAUGAUAUCAUUGCUCAGGGACAAGUGCCUGAUGUUGUCUGCUACAAUGCUCUCAUUUGUGGUUUUUGUGGGGCUCUUAGAGUUGAUGAGGCCAUGCAUUUGUACGAGGAGAUGCAUUCUAGAGGUUUGUGUCCAGAUGGGGUGACUUUCAGAUUGAUAAUUAGAGGUCUUAUUCGGGAAAAUAAGAUUUCGCUGGCAUGUUCAGUGUGGGAUCAGAUGAUGGAGAAGGGAUUCACACUUGAAAGUGAUUUGUCAAGUACUCUUAUUGAAGCCAUUAAUUCGAAAGAUGCAUCCUGCACGGAUAUCACAAAUGUUCAAAGACUGCAGAUACUUUGUGCUCUUACUUACCUAGAUAUUCAUGAUUUGUUGUACGUUCGACAUGCAGAACUAAUUGGAGGUGAUAAUGUGGCAACAGAAGCCUUUGCUGGUAUCAUGGAAAAAGAUUUCUCUUCAAGUUUCAUUAGCAAUCCCUUGUGUGGAUAUGUGGCUAAUGGGUAUAAAAGAUCCCAUCCCUAUCUGAAGUCUAUUUUUGCCGGUUGUCAUUUUCUUGAAACUGCCCCAAAUAAACCAGGCAAUGUGCCUACCACGUUGACAUCCUUGCCAAGAUGCUCCGGUUACUCAUCUGCUGUGUGUAUUCAUCUAGGAUGGCAUCAAGCCACUGGGGGCUUGCAGUUGAUAUUUCAAUUCGAAAGGAAGGUGAGGAAAGGUGUUACUAUGCGUGAGCAGGGCCCGAAUGUUACAGCACCAUUUCACGGCCAGAAUGUUUCCCCAACUUCACGUUCGCCGGAUCCAUUGAUACCUCCAGCAUAUGAUACUCGCUUUGAUGUCCCACCGGUGACUCCUCAACAGCCACGUCCAAUCAUCAAUACAAAACCCAGGAAUCAUGGCAAACAUAGUGACGAAAUCCCAGGAAGACAAGUUCAUUUUGGAGGACGGGAUCAACAUGAUAGCGGCCCUUCACAGCACCCGCAACAUUCACCCCGGCAGCCACAUCAAAGGCCUUCUUCUCUUAGAGUGAUAACAGGGGGCGAGACUAGGCCAUUAGCAUGGUUCAUUGCAGCAUUUUGUGCACUUUUUUGGAUCAUAAUCAUAGUUGUUGGCCUAACAGUUCUGAUCAUUUUCUUAGUCUACCGCCCGCGGCUUCCAAAAUUCGACAUCUCAACUGCAACUCUCAAUGCAGCCUACUUGGACAUGGGGUAUCUCCUCAAUGCUGAUUUCACCAUCUUAGCAAACUUUACCAAUCCAAAUACGAAAGUCAAUGUGGACUUCAGUUAUGUUAUAUUGGAUCUUUAUUACGAAAACAACUUAAUUUCCACAAGAUACAUUGAGCCCUUCACAGCAUUCAAGAGUGUGUCCACAUUUCAAACUGUUCAUAUGGUUACAAGUCAGGUUAGGCUUCCCUUUUCCACCACCCAAGAUCUUACAAUGCAAAUCAAUGAGGGUAGGGUCGAUUUUGAAGUUAAAGGUUUGUUCAGGACAAGGUCCAUGUUGGGUGGUGUGUUGAAGUAUUCUUACUGGUUAUACAGCCAUUGUACCAUCACUGUAACAGGUCCUCCAACUGGGGUUUUGGUCAGUAAGAAGUGCUCAACAAAGCGGUAA